AUGAAGAAGAAAACUUCUGAGCGGAAAGGCUUCGAGCUAAUGCCUACUGAAAUUCUCUUCUGCGUUGUCAAUUGUCUUCAGAAAAGGGACAUCAAAGAGUUUUCCUGUGUCAGCAAGCGAGCGAGGGAUGUCUGCUUGCCAUUUCUGUUCCGCGAAGUCAGCAUUGACUUUUCCAGUGCGGGAUUUAGAAAAUUGGAUAAGAUGCUUCACUCGCAUAUAUGUCGGUAUAUCGUUUCUUUCCAAUACAUCGUCCAGGACUUAGUGAAACCUGGUAAGAUCCCUUUACGAAAACAAUACGCGCAGAAGGCUAAUCUCAAGCCAGCGAUAUACAAUUAUGAAAGAUUCAAAACGGAUUUCUUGACCCCGGAAUAUUAUGUCGAGAUGUGCGAAGGGUACGACAAUGUUGACUGCUACGAAGAUAUUGACAGCAAUGAGGAUUGGGAAGAAAUGGAAUAUCCCGGAGGCGACCACCCUUCAUACACGCGUAUUUAUAAGACAAUGAGACGGAGAUGUGUUGAGCAACGAAGCCUUAUAGACACUGGGAGAGACUCAAAGUUUUUAAAAAAGGCUUUUAAGAAAUUCUUGAACCUGAAAGAACUGGAACUGGUUUUUCGUGGAAUACAAGGCGCAAGCUGGGAGAAAGAUUACCAAGAGACGUGCGAUAUGAUGGCGCAGGAUUCUAAUGUACACCAUCUGAAAGUGGUGCUGGCCGCUUUGGUCUCUGCAGAGCGCCGCGGCUUAUCUCUCCAGAAGAUCCAGCUCACCUGUUUGACACACCGUGACGAUCCUUCGCCAGGAAGCCCAGAUUGGCAGCGAUUGACGACUCUUCUCACUGAGCUAGUGGGACAUGCCCCGGUCCUACGGCUUUUCGGAAGUGAUUUAGCAUUGGCUCUGUUGUCUCGCGCCAGCCUGAACUUACGUGAAUUAGACUUGGGCUUCAUUCAUACGAAGCGAACUUUUGUAGAGACUUUUCUACAAAACAACGUCAAGUCCCUACGCUUUCUCAAAUUUGACGAUAUCGUGGUUGAAGACUGUGAUCGGAGAGAUUCUACUCAUGUAACCCUUACAGACGUUCGUGAUAUGACCGAUCUGGUACCCGAAAAAGAGAUAAAUUUCAACAUACCCUCAUGUUCGCACUUAGUCCAGGAGGGACGGAAAUUUAUUUUUAUCUAUGCUAGCCGUGUGCCUGCUUCAAGGACCUGGAAAAGAAAAUGGAACGAUUCUAUAUAA